AUGGCCAAGGUGAUCUACAGAGAUAUCAGGCACGGUACUUGUACCGUUACCGUAAACAUCGACGACGUCAACGACGUUCCUCCUUCCUUCGUGCGAUCGCACGUCGAUGUCUUGGUACCCGAACAUCGUCAAGCAUCUUUCCAGCGUUCUUUGUCCCAUGGAGCAUCGUCAGCCAACGGAGCAUCGUCAUCUCCCGACGUUUCGUCAUCCGACGGAGUUACCUCGUCGAUAGAAGUCACGUUGCCCAAGGAAGCAUUAUCAUCCAGCGCAGUGUUGUCUUCCAACAGAGAAUUUCCCUCCCGCGGCCUUCCAUCGUCCAAAUCUCGCAGCAACGUCUCUGAAAAUUUCAUCUCGACUCUCGUGGUGACGGAUCCUGAUACAAGCAACGUGUUUGCAUACCGGGUGGUGCUAGGGAGCGGUCACGGCUGGCAGCUGGUGGAAGUGGCAGCAAGCACAGCUGGUGCUGACCUGUUCUCUAGAGUGCCGCUGGAUUUUGAGAACCCACAGCACAGAGCGGGACUCAACUUUAGAGUGCAGGUCACCGAUCAGGGCGACAUGCCGUGGAGCUCGCACCCCCGCGUGUCGGAAUGCUCUGUCACGGUCACCGUCCAGGCUGACACCCGUGACUCUCACUCUCUCUCUGGCACCC